UUCCAAGUUAGAGAGUGGUAUAUUUUUACCGGGAGAACGUACGAUUUUGACGUAAGAUACGAAAAAAGUUACGAACACCUUUGUGAAACGCACUUACGAAAUUCGUAAGUUUUGCGUAACUUUUUCGUCAAUAUUUACGAACGUUCGUAAGUUACGAAGCUUUGUGAAACGAUACCCAGGUACAGAUCCUAACAGUAGUGACCAGAGAGUCAUGUCCGUGUCCGUCGCCAUACCCCACGUGACAACAGAGCUAGGGGAGGGGCCCCACUGGGAGGAUGACAAACAGACGCUCCUGUUUCUUGACCAUGUGAAAUGCGAGCUGUUCCGGUGGUGCCCUGUCACAAAUGAGCUGAAAUCUCUAAAGCUAGGGAAAUCGUGUGUGGGUGCUGUGGUGCCAUGUCGUAGGGGAGGGUACCUAGUGGGGAUGGAGCGGACUCUCUCACAUCUGGACUGGGACUCAGGGGUCACUACCGUAUUACAGGAGAUAGAAACUGUAGGCACUGACGACAGAUUUAACGACGGAAAGUGUGAUCCCGCCGGGAGAUACUGGACAGGUACAAUGGGUGCCCGGGUAAAUCAAGCGCCCGGAUUCGAACUGGAAACAUCGAGCCUGUACAGUUUUGACACGGCCGGAAAACUGGUCAAACAUGUGGAUAAAAUUUCAAUUUCCAACGGUAUGGCGUGGUCAUCUGACAACCGGACGAUGUUUUACAUCGACUCCAUUCCAGCCAAAGUGGAGGCAUUCGAUUACGACAUCUCCUCAGGAACAAUCAGUAACCGUCGGGACGCUGUGAACUUUAACCUUUUGCCAGACAAAGAUACGAUGGGCGUACCUGACGGAAUGACCAUAGAUAAUGACGGACACUUGUGGGUCGCGUGCUACAACGGGGGCAAGGUCGCUUGCUUCGAUCCUGUCACCGGAACAAAACUCCGAGAGGUGUUGAUUCCCGCUCCCUAGAACAACUUCAUGUUGCUUUGGUGGUAAAAACCUGGAUGAGUUGUAUGUCACUACGGCGCCAUAUCUUGCAUCGGAAGAGGAACUCAAAUUAUAUCCAAUGCAUGGAUCAGUUUUCAAGGUCACGGGACUCGGGGUCAGAGGUCAGCCUGCCAACGUUUACCUAGGAUGACCUUGACCAAUGAUCGUUAUACUGGAUUUUGAGUCCUAGUAUAACUUGUGUAAUUAAAGAGGUGAUUGAUUUCACACUCGUCCUAA